AUGGUGACGGGAAAGGUCAAAGGAUAUGAUCAUCUCGACUUUAAAGAUGCAGAAGAUUAUGGCAGCGUUGGUGGUUUGGCAGUGAUGAGCAGUGUUCCGACAAACCGAGUCUUAACGGCGCCAUCACGAGCAACAACUUGCACUGAAAAUGGUAAGCUUGGAGCGAGGCUGAGCGUCCGCCGCAAGAAGAGCCGCGUCGUGCAGCUGGUCCCGGAAAAUCAAAGACGUAUCCUGAACCAAAGCCGACCCCGCUACCGCAGUCCACAGCGGGAGAGCCAUCCGUACGAUGAUGUCCACAGCGUUGCAGCCCGGGAGAGCGGUCCUUACGACGAAGUCCUCUACAGGCCUGACGUCUCUCACAACCCGAGAUGCGAGAGCCAGCAGUACGACGACGUCUUCCAUAGGUCUGCCCGCGGAAACGAAGUCAGCUACAGCCCGAGACGUGAGCAUCAGGUGUCCGGCGACGUCUUUCACAGUUCUGCCCGCAGAAACGAAGUCAGCUACAGCCCGAGACGUGAGCAUCAGGUGUACGACGACGUCUGCAGCAGCCCUCUGCAACGCGCCGCCUUUUUACCCCCACGUGUUGACAAAAACUCUUGUUAUAGGGUUCGUUCCAGCAACGAACGACAAAGCCGGGAGUGCAUCAGGCAUUACCGCGACUACUACAACAUAGACUUAGUAAGAGAACCAACAGGUUCUUCGAAAAUUUCCCAGGUCCACGGCAGAGCGUCUCGCUCUCAUGUACGGGAAUCAACUGGUUACGUGACGCCGAACGCAAUUGCGCAAUGGCAGGUAGCGGCGUUCAGGGAGGAGCUCGCGAGGGAGAGGAGCGAAAGCAUCAGGAAAAACAGCAUGCAGCGCUCAGUGAGGAAGUACACCUUCCAGAGCCGUUUCGCAAAAACUUAGGUAGGCAAUAGGAAAUCUGAAAGGCAAAAAGGUUUAAAAAAUCAGGAAAAGUCCAUUGCAAAAUAAAAGCAAAAGAUGGUGUAUUGGAUGGUACCAAUACUUAAGAUUCAUAGAAAACGGCUAGUCUUGUCCUGUUGAGGUUCGUCGUUUGAAAAAAGCCACUGAAAAGUAGUGGAUUCCUCGCCACCGCACGUACGUAGAUCUGUGUCGUCUCUUGGCAACAGCAGGGGACAGGCGUCGGUCUCAGCUGCCGCGUCGAAACGUUCUCAUGGAAAUGGCAGAUGACAUGAGACCACUUCUUGAAGGGAGGACUUUAGUAUAACUUCUUUCGUGGUAAGAAUGAAACAAGCAUGUCACAAUAUUGGGUUUAUAUACUAGAAAAUAUAUUAUAGAUAAAUAAAAAAAUAUCCCAGUA